AGAUCUUUUGGGACUUUUAGAAGUUAGUGGGUUUUCCAGGACGCUAUGUGGUGAGUAUUUCAUUUCAAUUAUUUUAUUUGAUGUGGAAAUACAGUUUACAGCCUACUUUGAUUGUUACAUUUUUCUAAACAGAAUAUUGUUAAGAUGAGAACCUAAGAAAAGUUCAAUUGAAAAGUAAUAACCAAAAGACAAACAAACACAAGAACAUUAAAAAAAAAUUAGUGACAGGAAAAAAGUAUUCAAUUGGAGGAGACAUUUGCAGAUGAAUAGCUUGAGUAUUGUAUUUUAAUCACUAAACCUUCAGAAUCAAGCAGACAUUUUCCCCCAAAUUAAAAUUUGAUUCUGAAUUUCUCAAAAAAAAAAAAAUGAGGAAAAUAAAGCACAAUCAUAAAGCAGUAAUUCCUGAUUUGGUAUCAAAAGCCAACUCCUAUUUGGUAAUCGAAAACCAAUUCUAUCAUCUAAAAAGUUGACUUUUCUAGGAUAUUAUUUUAAGAUGUUAUAACAUAAUUAAAAUCUGAAUGAAAAUAAAGAAUAUUAAAUAUCCAACAAGAAUAUUAAAUAUCCAACCACUUAAGAAUAGUCUUUUAAUUAUAUUCCCCUCAAACAAGACUGCUGUGAUAGCUUAAUAUUUCUCCUGUACUAUUUGGAAUCUUGAAUUAAUACUAAAUUAUCAUUUUUGAAAAAGACUUUUAAAAUUACUGUUAAAAGACUUCAUAACUUUAUAGUUUCUAAAAUGAUACUACUCUCAAAACCUGAUUCCUUUUGGAGAUAUUUAACAUGUCUAUAUUUUAAAAAUUCAAGAGUAACUCUAUUAAGACAUGACAUGAAAAACAAGGAUAUUAUAAAAUUUUGAUUAUGAUUAAAUUAAAUCCAUAAAAAAUUUUAUUAGUGAGAAUUUGGUAGAACUGAGGGACUAAAACACAUGCUGUGUGUUACAUUUGUAGCAUUUACUAGUAGGAAUAAAGCAAGCCUCAAAAAAUAUGAAAUAUACUUUUUAGUGGGAAAACUAUUUUUAAAUAUAAGUAUGUAUCAAUGUUUACUGUAUUAAUACUGGUACAUAAAGUUAUAUUGAAAAUAGUUUUUAAAAUGUAAAACUGAUUUUAAUAUAUAUUUUAAUGCUAAAAUUGAAUUUAAAAUAACUUAAUGGUAGACAUGUUACUUCUAAAGCAAUGUAUAAUACAGGAUUCAUGUUUUAAAUAUGUUUUUUUUUUCAUAAGUUUAAGGUGAUAGUCUUUUUUUGAAUUAUUGGUGAAUGUAGGAAUUGAGCCAAUAAGAUUUGAUUCUCUUUUAUUGUUAACCACCUUUAGCAAAAAAUGUUUGAAACUAAAAAAGAGGAUGUGUCAAGUUGAGUGUGUUUUGAAAUGAGUGAGGGAUAUAUAUAUUUAUUUUUAUUUAACAAAAGCAGGUAUACUAUAACACUAUCUGGAACCAAUAUAGUUUAAUGGUGAUACUAUUCAAAUAGCAACACUUGGGGACUAUUUUAUUUGAAAAAUUGUGGUACAUAGAAGAAUUCUAACAUGUAUUUAUUAAAGUAUUUUAAGUUCUUCACAUUUAAUUAUCUUUAAUAAAUGUUUAACUUCUGUAUUCAAAAACUUACCAGGAUUCAAAUCAUAAAUUACUAGAAAAUAAGAUAGCUCCAAAGAAAUUAUUAGAUGUUUUUAGAAAUCAAAGGUCAUUUUUUUAAAAAAUAGCUUCAUAAGUAAUUAAUAACUUAAUGUAGAUUCAGUGAUUACUCCGUCAGUCAUCAUAGUACUUCUAUCUUCCUUCCAAAUGUUAUUUAUAUCUUCUUUAUAAAUCAACAUGGACUAAUUUUUUCAGUUAGGACAUAGAAACAAUUUCUUAGAAUCUCAUAAUUUGUUUUAGAACUGAAGUUAUUGAUGUUUAAUAGAGGUGAAUUUAACCUAUGUAUAGAAGAUAGAUAGUUAGGUGUAAUUUUAUGCACUAAGAAAACCAAAUAAAUGCCAUGUGAUUUUAUCUUAAGCAUUAUUAAAAUUAUUCAUAUGAAUAAAUACAAAUAUAAAAUACAUGAAUUUUCUUUUUUGAAUAUACAUAUGAAGUAUUUAAAGCAAGUUCCUGUUAGUAUUUUCAUAGCCAUCUCAAAUUAACUAUAGUUAAAACUUUUUUUUUUCUAUCACAUGUUUUCUCUUUCUCACCUGUGGAUACAUAGGCAUAAGUAAGUAAAUAAUAUCAUUCUAAUACAAAGGCAUUAGAAAAAAAGAUGCAAUAGAAUAGAUUAAUUGCUGUUUUGCUCCAUAUACAGUAAUCUUCAUCUUUUACUGUAUAAUAAUUUACUUCUAAAAAGAAAGUUAUAUCUUCUACCCCCUUUUGCUAUCUGGAAAUUGCAUGAGUUUAAACAAGUGUUCCUACUAAUAGUACCUGUGUCUACCACAAGGAGUUUCAAAAUUCUCCUUGUUUUUAAUUUGUUAAAAACAUGUAUGGAUAUCUUUCAAUCAAAAGUGAUGUGGUGCAUUGUAUAGAUAGUCCUUUCCAAGAAAAAUAAAACCAAUAUAUCUACACAGAAACAGAUGCUAUAUAAUGUCAGCCUUGAUUUUUAAAAAUGACUUUUCAAGGUUUUUAAAAGUAGUAUCUGUUUGUUUAGUCCAAACUGUCUCCACUUUCUGAAUUAUUCAGGAGAGAAUAAUUCUCUACCUAUGAGAAUUCUCUUGCAGAUUAUAUUUUUGCCAAAUGACACAAUAAUAAUUUUGGCUUUAUAUAUUAUUUUAUUGCCUCACUUCUCAUCCUUAUUUUUCCAUGUAGCUAUUUAAUUUUUAUUCAAAAUAUGUCCCUUUUAUUUUGUUUCUAUAUGUGGGUGAAUAUUAAACAAUAACAAAAAUAACUGUUACUCUGAGCUUGAGAGCAAAGUCUAAUAGUGACCAUUUAAGACCACAACUCCCCCUGUCUUUCUGGUGGAAGGGUCCCAAAGAUUUUAUUAGAGACACUUAUUUGUGCUCUUGACUUAUUCAAUUGUAUUUAAGACUUACAGCCACUAUGACUCAGCAUCCAUAUCUGAGGAAAUAUUUCAGUGAUAUCAAAACUGUUAUAUUAAUAUAUCUUUUCAUUAAAGUGAGUCUUGACUAAAAUUUAAUCCACACCAUGUUCCAAAGAAACACCAAUCGUCCCUCUUCUUAUUUGUAAUAUUUAUAGUGCUUUUAAAUGAUUAAGGAUAAAACUGAAAAAUGGAAGAAAACAAUCUCUGUCAUGAUUCUUAUAUUCAGUUUCUCAAUAGUAAUUUUGAACUCUCAUCUGUCCUUGGGGACUAUAAUUCUCUUAGUCUGGAGACUAGAAAAUUACUUGCAAACUUUAUCUCAGACAGGAGAGUACUUUUAGCUCCAGGCCAGAAUUACUUAGAUGAGAGAUAACGGGCAGUACUAAAUUAGACACAGCUAAGGAUCCUUUCCCCAAAACAGUCAGCUCUGAGCACCCUCAACCAAGGCAAACGAUAUGAAAUCACUAGCCAACAUGCUGGUCUGCAAUUUGGACAAUUGUGAUUUAUUCACUAGAGCGUACUGUUAAGUGUGGUCAUGGAAACUUGGCUAUAUCAAACCAACUUAAAAAGUCAGUGUGAAUAUUGACACAUUUUUUAAAAAAAUGAGAAUUUCUCAUGCUACUAACAGCUCUCAAGCUUUUCCUGCUCUGCUUUUUUUUUUAGAACAGAAACAUGAAAGUAAUGCCUUGCUCCAAUAUAUUAUUAGUGUUAUUUGGCCUUUUAUAUUUUGAAGUAGUAAUGAGAACCAUAAAAACAUCUUUCUCAUGAAAGCUAUGUCACAACCUGUUUCCUUACAUUUCAUUAUCUUCUUUUCUUUCAAGUCUUUUCCUUCUCUACCAUUUCCAACAAAGCAGGGAAAAUAAAUCAGUCUCAGAAGACAGGAAACAUCAACACUUUUCUUCCAAUACUUUUGAGGCUCAGAAGCAGACUCAUGUAGAUGGAUCUCUUGAGAACAGCUGGCCCAAGUCAGCAAGAGAAUUCACACUGAUGUCUGAUGAGGACUCCUUAAGCACCCAUAAUACCUUUUAUAAGGAAUAUACAGAUCAAAGACCAACAAAUUCAGGCUUUUCACUAAGAACAGAUUUCGUACAGUCAUUUUUACCCAAAACACAAGCCAAAAAUGAAUUUCUGAGAGGCCCAAGAGAAAAGAUUCAGAGGAUGUGGAAUCGGCCAAUUUGCUUACCUAGGAGGCCAAUGUGGGAACUUCCCAAUAGAACAGAAACUGUAGCUCUAAAGCAAUGGCAAAGCACCAAGCAGAAAACUGAGAGUGAAGGCACUGAAACCAAUCCAAACGAAAGAGGUGACAGUAGUCCCUUGCUAACAGUUGAAGAUACAAAUGUAGCAGAGAAAGAGCAAAUAAGACAAAGUGAAUCACUGAUUGUACAAGGAACAGAACAGUCGCAAUCUCUGUCUUCAGACUCUUCGCUUUCUUCUCCUUGGUCUUACCCCUCAUUCUCCACUUUGCCAACUGUUUCAAGAACUGUGGAACUCAAAUCAGAACCUAAUGUCAUCGUUUCUCCUGCUGAUUGUUCCUUGGAACUUUCUCCUUCAAUGCCUUGCAUUUCAAAUUCUGUGCUCUUUAGGAGAGAGACACCCACUUAUAUGAUGACUCUCAGAAACAAAAGGAACACUUCAGAAAAUCUUCCUCAUCCACUAAAAAUCUCUCCUCCUCCUCCUCCCUCAUCUCCUCCUCCUUCUCCUCCUCCUUUCCCUCCUUCUCCUCCUCCUCCUGUUAUCCCUACUCCUUUUGCUCUUUCCUGUCUUCCUCCUUCUCCUCCUUCUAAUCCUCCUCCUCUUCCCCCUCCUCCACUUCUUCCACUUUCUGUUCCCCCUCCUUCUCCCUCUAUUUUUUCUCCUCCACCUAUUUUACCUUCACUUCCCUCUCUUCCUCCACCAUCUCCUCCUCUUUCUUCCCCACUGCCUCUUUCAACUUCAGCUCUGUCCACCAUGUGUGUGUGUACACCAGCUACUAAACACACUGUCAGUGUGACACCAGCCAAGGAAAUGAAAUCCACUACAGUACAGCUAUCCACAUCAACAACAAUGUGUACUGCAAACCUUCGGAGGGAACCAAAAGGCAUCCUCAAGCAUAUAAAAAACUUAGCAAAACUUGAACAGUCAGUAGCUAACAUGUACAGUCAAAUAGAAAAAAAUAAUCCACCAGCACCCCUCUCAAAACUUCAAAUGAGUUGCCCUUCAGAGACAGCAAAUAUGGAAAAGACAUCUGAACAAAACCAGGAGAAGUUGCACAAUAUUGUUGAGGGAAUUGAAAAACCAUCUCCCAGUCAGUCUACUUCACUGUAAUGUUGCUUUUCCUGUCUUAACUGGACAACUCUUUUGUUGACCAUAACCUUCGAGUGGAGGCAAAACUGAACACUAAAGAAGAUUCUAUUCUUUUACUCUAUACUCAAUGCUAUACUGGUUUUACUCAUUUUUUUAAUUUAAAAGUUUUAAUCUCAUCAUUACUAACUCAUAGGUUUACAUUAAUUUUCUUAACUACGAAGUAGCAUUAUUUGUCUACAUUUAUUUAAAAAGUAAGUAAUUUCCAUCUAUUUUUCAAUGGGAAUAUAUGGGCAUGAAAGUUAAGAUAUCCAGUUUAAACCAAUGGCUUGUUUAUCAUGUUAAGAAAGUUGCAUAUUUACCUUUUGAUCAUAGUUUUGUAUGAGUGCUCCAGGAAAACAGCAGACUGUGAUAGAUAAGCUAAAAAAAUGAUAUCAUAUGUCCUGUUAUUUCCUUGAAGCCAAUGUAUCUGGUAAGAAGAAAUACUAACAAAGUAAAAUGUAUCUAGAAAUGUAGGAGAUGACAGACAUUAUGGUAUUCCAAAAUAAAUCUCAGGUGCUAUAAGAUAUAGACAUUUGUUUUCUUAUAAGAACAUUCUCUACUCUGGCUUGCUUUUAUCUUACUAGUAUGCUUAUACAUUUGAUAAAUCUUUUACUUUUUCAAUUGCUGUCUUAUUCUGUUAUUUCUCAUUGUGCUUUCUUUUCCCUUCUUUAUAAUGGAAAUAAAUCUUGAGUUGUUGACUUUUAUAAGGCAUUUCCUUGUUCCCACAGAUGUUUAAAGUGCUCUUUAGUUUUGCUUGUCCACAUUAUUAUAUCAUCUCCUUUACUAUAAUUUUAUCAUAGGAACCUCCUUCAAAAAUAGUAUUUUUCUCCAAGUUAAUAAAGAAAUUAUAAUCAGUUUCAUCAAGAAGAGAAAUACAUGUCUACAAACUUCUUUCUAGUAUUUAUUAGACUAUUUCAUUGUUGCUAAUAUGAAUUUAGACUACUUCAUUGUUGAAAGUUAUAUUUUCCAGUAAGUUUAUCAAUAUUAUCAGAUAUGCUUGUCUAUUAAAAUUUAGAAAAGUGCAUUAUCAGCUUUAUUCCUAGUUAUUUUUUUUUUUUUUGUCUUUUUUUGUUGUUGUUGUUGCUAUUUCUUGGGCUGCUCCCACGGCAUAUGGAGGUUCCCAGGCUAGGGGUCGAAUCGGAGCUGUAGCCGCCAGCCUACGCCAGAGCCACAGCAACGCAGGAUCCGAGCCGCGUCUGCAACCUACACCACAGCUCACGGCAACGCCGGAUCGUUAAGCCACUGAGCAAGGGCAGGGACCGAACCCGCAACCUCAUGGUUCCUAGUCGGAUUCGUUAACCACUGCGCCACGACGGGAACUCCACCUAGUUAUUUUUAAUUGCUAUGGAUAAAUCAUCCAACUUUAGCCUUAGUGUAUAAAUGAAAUAUAAAAAAUUUAAAUAGAAAUCAAGAGGGAAUAUAUCUGGUGAAUUAUUGCCAGUUUUAUGUAGGUCUUUUUUUUUAUCUUAGGCAAAAAGAAUAAAAAUCUAUAUUCUAGGCAGAAACUUCUGUAGUUGUAAUUGUUCUUAAAGGCAUCAGCUAAGUACCAUCUUUGUAUCUUAAUGAAGGCUACACUUGACCAUCAAGUAAUUACUUUGUUUUUUUCCAUCUCACACAUGGAAUAAAUUUUAUUUAUAGGAAAUCCCCACUUUGAAUACAAAUAUAAUUGUUUAUUUUACUCUCCAGUUUUAAUAUUUUAGAAGAUAUAAGUCUGCACAGAGGAAAACAAAAUUCCAAAAUAUAGGCAAAAUCUUGAUUGAUAAUGGCCAUUGUAAGUAUAUUAACCUAGAUUCAGAACCUACAAUGCAUCAUUUCCAUGGGUUAUGUUUGACUCUUAGAGUAUGUGACAUUUCUUCAAAUUUGAUCUGGCAUCCCUAACUAACAAUAGCAAAUUAAAAAAAAUCUGUGAAGUUAAUUAUUUUCAUUAGCUCCUCUACUCCAGAUUCUUUUCAUCCAAAUCAAGAGUAAUUUCUUUCUUGGGGUUCUUGAACAUGAUUUUUUUCUCUCUUUCACUGAAAAACUUCACUUGGAGUUUUUGUUGGCAGCUGGUCAUAUGCAUGAGAACUUGUGCUAUUUGGCGGACUCUGACAAGGUAUUAUUCAAAUUGUGUAAGCCUUUAAUAUGUCUGGUGUUUUUUAAACUAUUUUGUAUCAACUUCCUGGAAAUGUGAAAAAAAUUAUUGAUAAUUCCUUAGGAUUCCUUGAUAAUGAAAUAUCUAUAAUUGCCAAAGAAAUACAAGAAAUCAAAAUAACUUUAUGCAGGUAUGUAUAGCCUUAUUAAAUUGUUACAUUGUACUUUUUAUAAUAUUUUUUAAAUUUAAAAAUUUAUUAGUAUUUUAUACUUUUCAAAUAAAACACUCAUUCCUAUAAUCUAGUAUUUUACUGACAUUAAAUUUGGAGAUUCCCUUUGUCAUAAAAAUCAAUUGAAACAUCUUCUACAUGAGACCUAAAAAUAUUCUUUGACUAUACAAGCCAAAAUAUCAUUCCUCUCCACAACCCCUAAGUCCUCAUAGCCUGACAAUCAACUUGUAAAAAAAAAUUCUAAAAACAAAACAAAACAAAACGCUUUUCCUUCUUCAUUUAUCAUGUUCCAAUUAGUGCACAAGAAGUUAUUAUACCUUAUUAAAAGACAUAAACAGGUCACCAUACAUUUUCCUUAUUGUUAAAAGUAAACAGCAAUGCAUACAAAUGGCUUAAAAUGAAUAAUUAAUACACAUUGGCUAUAAACUAAAGAUGUAUCAGUAUUAUAUGACUGGUUUUAUAAAGAUCAAUAGGAAGUCAUGUUAGUUGAAAGCACACAGAUAAUUAUACAUAUUGAUUCUGUUGUUUACCUUUUCUGAGUCACUUUUUGCUUUUGAACUAACAUAUACUAUACAAAUACCCAAAUAAAAGGCAACAAAAAUGUUAAUGGAAAUAGUAUACUAGAACAUCUAAUGACAUUUUAUUUCCUACAUUGACAUCUACUGAUAUUUUAUUUCUCAUAUUUAUUAAAAAUCUUGUUAAUGAAAAUAGGCAAUUUAAAUAUCCUAGAAAAUAAAAUCUAGGUUUUAUUGGACAUUUUAUAUUAUGUAUAAAAGGCACAUAUACACAUAUUAUGUAUAUGACUCAAUAGUCAUUUUUGAAACCUAAGUGUGUAAAACUCACUAUAGGUAUAUUUCAAGUGUAGUCGUCCCUGCAUAGCCACAGGGAUAACCUUCAAGACCCUUAGUGGAUGCCUGAAACUUCAAACAAACCCUAUACAUACACUUUUUUCCCCUCUACUAAUGGAUGGAUAGUGUAUACCAUGUGGAUAUGCUGGACAAAGAGAUGACUCACAUUCUGGGUGGGACAGAGAGGGCAGUGUGAGAUUUUAUAAUGCUACCCAGAAUGAAGCACAAUUUAAAACUAAUUUUUUUCUGGAAUUUUCCAUUUAAUAUUCUUGGAGUGUGGUUGACUCUGGGUAACUGAAACCACAGAUAAGGCAGGAUGAUUGUAAUAAAUUUCAAAGAGCUGUAUAUACAUAUAAGCAUUAUAUUACUAUUAUUACCAACUGUUUCAGUUAGUAAUGACGCAGUCACUUAAAUGCAUUCAAAUAAAUGGACUUACCUUGUAAAGUCUGUGAAAUAUUUUAAAUACAUUUCCUACAGAGAUUGUUUUGUUGGACUUCAAAAAAAAUGUUCAUUUCAGUCAUUUAUUAAUUUCAUAUAGCAUGGUCAAUAGCACCAGUUUAAUACUUUGGGUCAAGUGUUUAAUGAAUACUAAAUGAAAAAACUUUAAUGAUGUUCAACAUUUAAAACAUUCCACACUUUUUUCCCUUUCAAGUACAAAUGUUUCACCACUUGUGUUCCAUUUAACUUUAUACAUCGUUAUGUAAUAUUGAAUGUUUGGCUAUUACAUCUCAAAAGCUUUUCCACUUCAUGUCUAAUAACGUAAUUGCCCUUUAAGGGCUAAUCAAUAUUUUUCAUUUAUUAUUUUUAGAACAAAUUAACACAACAAAAAAAUCUUACAAACAUGUAGAAUAUGUUCUAGUCAUAGAGAUAAUUCCUUGUCCUAUACCGGAUGUGUUUUUCAUGUAUGAAGCAUAUUUUUUUGCCAGUUGAUGAUCUUAUAUGUAUCAAGACUUGUCUAGGACAGAGAUGAUGCAGAAUAUUUUUAAUCCAAUUGAUCAUAAUAGGGUUAAAGUGUGUUAUAUACCACUGAGUUAAAAAUAGAUUGUGUAUGGUUUGAUGUUCAUAUGCAAUGAGGGUCUGGGGUGAUAAUUGUUUUUAAUAAUGGAGGUGUGAAACCUUGAUCCUCCAGUCUUGAUACUGCUGAAAAUUAUAUUUCUCACUGAGACAAUUUUUAGUAAAAUUUACUUUCUCAAUUUUCCUCUAAUUUUCUUAAAAUGCCCUUAUCUAUAGUUCAAUUUAAUCUGAAAAUCCAAGAUGUUUAAUACUGAUUUCUUCAUUUCUGCCUUGCAGGAGAGGUUAUACAUCAGAGGUAAGGGCUUUAUGGUGUUAUGUUACAUCAAGCUUACUAGGAAAAUAUUUAUGUUCUAGGCAGGACUGAUUUGCAGUCUUUUAAAACUAGGGAUUUUUCUCUAUUUCAACAAAACUUAUAAGUGUGAUUUGCUAUUUAUUUUUUUGAAUAUUUGUUGUUUCUUUGUUUUAGUAUUUUAAGUUAUUAUUCAAUGGGUGAACAAAGAACAACUGCUCACCUUUUCAAAGAUAAAUUUAUUUUUUCCUGAAUUAGUUUUUACUUGAUAUUGGGACAUUCCCCCUAAUUUUUCUAAGGCUAUGAACCUAAUUUAGAAAAUGUAGGAUUAUUUAACUUUUUUUUUAUAUAUACCAGUCCAAGGCUCAUUCCUACCAUGUUAGAGCUUGAGCUUAUAAAAAGUUAAAAGGAAAAAAAAAUCAAACAAUUAGAAAGCUCUGGCUUUUCUUUAUGUUAAUUUGACUCUCAGUCUAUGGAAAAGAUACUGGACACUCUCGCCAGUGGUAUUUGGUGAACCACACUGUAAGAGAUGCUAUCAGUGAAGUCACUAAGAUUUUAGUAUAUUUUAGCAUAUAGUUCCUCAGUCAAGAAAAUGAAAUAAGCAUUGUCGCAGGUGCACUGUAGGUCACAGCUGUGGCUUAGAUUCAGUCCCUGGCCCAGGAACUUCUAUAUGCCACAGGU